AUGUCUCGAAAAGCAUGUUACAAACCAUUCGCCCUCUCUAAGAAAUCCAAUCCAACUCAGAAGGCCACAAAACCCCAAAAGUCCUUCGCUACCACUUCUGCCACUCCGCGUACCUUGCGCAAUUGCGGUACCCCCAAAGCUUUGGACAAACCACCUCCUGUUGGCCGCCAAACCAGGGUCAGCAAAAAUAGCAAGCACUCAGGUCCCUCAAAUCCACAACCAACUGUAAACAAAGUCAAAACACAAGGACAAGGACCGCGAUCCACUCAGGCUUCUUCAGGCAGUCAAAGAAUACCUCCGACUGCUCGAACUGCUCCAACUGCUCCAACUCCAGAUGAUCAAGCUUCUGAUCAAGCUGCUGAUCAGGCUCUUCAACCUGAGAAACUCUCAACUUUCCAACCUCAAGACCUUGAGGAUCUCAAUAAUGGAGAGAGUGGUUCAGUGAUUUUCAAUUCUGACCAAGAUGAAGAUAUGAACAGAGAUAACCCAAGUGAUGGACUACCUGAAUCUCCUACUCCUACCAAACCAUUGGCAACAUCGACUCCAACCCACCUUACUGGUAUGCGUUUAGUCAUGUUUAAUCGGCUGGCUGAUCUGGCCCAACUCGAUGAGGAGCAUAUGAUCAUGGGCCAUAGAAUAACUGAAUACUGGUCUUUAGAGAUUGCAAACUAUCACCAAGCAAUUUCCAGUCAGAUCUCUCAGUUACUGGCCAGCGCAGGAUCCGGGAAGUCCUUAGGUAACAAUACAUGGACUGCGUGCUAUGAGCUCAGGCAAAGUACACAUUUGAUAGCCACUCAGUGCAUUAUUGCUGGUGAUGUACAAGCGUACACAGCCACUGCAGACAAGGAGGGAACUCAAGAACAGCUCCCCCGCUCCUUAUACACAAAAACAUUGGAUGCGCUCCUCAAGAACCCUUCCGAAUGGAGAAAGAGAAUGCUUCCAGCACGGUAUGGAAAGGAUCCAGACCCUGUUGACGCAAAAGAGUUCCACAAGUGGCUCAACAUCAUUUUGAAAGAAAUACGUAAGGAUUUGAAUAAAAUCCUCCUUAACGGUAUCAACCUUCCAAACCGGGUUGGUAACAAAAGGCCAUCAAAAUUAAUUGUACCAGACAUCGAUGGUAUCAUUGUUAAGGCAAAACAUGAUUAUAUUGGAGGCCAGGUUCGUGUCCGUGAGCAGAUUCUUGAGGCUGUGGAUCAUCUUCGACAAGGUCGAUACGCUUGGCUGAGAAUUCAAGCCGUUCAUGUGGGUCUCAACUCUGCUGAUUACAGCAAUAGAUCUAUCUGGGCUGUUGUGGAUGAUACAUUGGAACAAUUGCGCAAGAAGACACAACGCUAUUGUUACGCCGACUUUGACCGAUUCAAUGGGGAGAAAACAUUUGCGGAGAUUGAAAAAACUACUGAUUUUUCAUUGCCUACUGAAGAAGAAGUUGAUGCCAAAGUUGAAGAGCUGAACCAGACUUUUGGACCAAGAUUGUGUGUAGAUGAAGGCGCUCAUGAGGAGCCUGAAGAUGAUGAGGAUCACCCUGAUGAGGAAGAUGAGGCUGAUGAAGAGGAUGUGUAA